AUGGAUUAUGUAACAGCUUCUAAGUCUAGGCUUGAAUUCGCAAAGAUUUGCGUGGAAAUUGAUGUUAACGACGAUAUUCCUAAAACUCUUAAUGUUGUCCUCCAAGAUGGUUUAACUACAACUGUCUAUGUGGAAGUACCCUGGCUGCCUCCUAAAUGCAAGAAUUGUAAGAUUUUUGGUCAUAAUGACAAAAAUUGCUUAGUGAAAUCCAACUCAAAUCCUGCUCCUAGCCAAGUCUGGAAGAAAAAAUAUGCUCAAAUUUCAAAUUGCUCUCAUGAAGGAGCAAAUUCUCUUCAUGCUUCUGCCAUUUCUGAAUCUUUCCCUAAUGAAGACUCUCAAGCUAAAGAGAAUCAGCUUGAUUUUAUCCGCUCUGAUCCUCCUAAGCUUCCUUCUCAAAAUUUAAAUCUUAAUCCACCUUCUAUUGUUGUUACACAAGAGAAUGAUGUUGAUACUGAUCAUAAUUUUACUAAUUCUAAGGAUUUGCAAUAUGUCCCAAGUGUUGAAAUUCAGUCUUCAUCUUCUGAUCCCAUUGCUAUUGUCGAAGAUGGUUCCUCUAUAAAAUCAUCUCCUAAACGUGGUAGAGGAAAUCCUCCCAAGGAGAAAACUGUUUUUGUUGGUUCUAAGAAUAGAUUUGAACUCCUGAAUUCAAUUGAAGAAACCACUCCCAAUCAUGAUGGUCCCCAAAGGAAAAGCCAAAUUGUAUCAAAGGGAGUUGAUGAACUGGUCAAAGACCUUAAGCAGAAAAAGAAAGACAAAUUGGAUAAAACCAAAAGUUCCUCGACUGGGGGUGAUGGAACCUCUUUGGUUAUUUCUGCCAAUGGAAAGUUCAAUGGAAAUCCUUUUGUUAUUUCCGCGGUUUAUGGUAGCAAUGACACAAUUACCCGUAGACAGCUUUGGUUGAAAUUACUCGAUCUGGAAAGUAGUAUUGACCACCUCCCUUGGAUUCUAGGAGGAAACUUUAACAUCACCCUGCAUCCCAACGAAAGCUCAGAUUUUGAGCUCCUCACUCCCUUCUCUUCUCCCGAAAUGAAAGAGAUCCAAGAAGUCAUUCGGGCUAUUGACCUCCUUGAUCAUCCCUUUUUUGGUCCUCUUUUUACAUGGAGCAACAAACAAUCUGGAUCUUUCCUUGCGAGAAAACUUGACAGGGUGCUCAUAAACCACAAUUGGGUUAGUACUUUUCAAAGUUCUUUUGUUGAAUUCCUUCCUCCGGGAGUUUCCGAUCACUGUAUGACACUAGUAUGGUUUUCAAAAGACAACCCUACUAAUAAGCCUAAGCCAUUUAAAUUCUUCAAUUUUUGGACCUUACAUCCGAAUUUCUUGAAAGAGGUUGAACAGUCUUGGAAAGUCUCUUUUCAAGGAAAUCCUAUGAAGAUUCUUUUCCUCAAGCUCAAGCACCUUAAAACCAGCUUAAAGAAACUCAAUUCUUCUUGCUAUAGCGAUAUCUCGUCUCGGAGAGAAGAUUCUAUUGAUAAGGAGCUGCAAAUCCAACAAGAAUUAAACAUUCUUGAAAAAGCUGAACAUCUAUUUCUGAAACAUAAAGCAAAGGUUAAAUGGAUCAAAGACGGUGAUCAAUGCACCAAAUUCUUUCAUUCUGCUGUUAAUGUUAAGAAAAAUAGGGAGACUAUUCGUAUGCUCAUUGAUGAUCAGGGUAACAGACUUGAAUCUUUCGAUUUAAUGGCUUCGGAAGUGAUAUAUUUCUAUUCUAACUUGAUUGGGGCUGCUGAUCCUAGUGUCAAAGGCACUAAUCCUCAGUUUUUAAAGGAUCUGUUGAACUAUUCUAUUCCAUCUGACAAUGCUUCUAACAUUGUCAAAGAAGUAUCUAAUGAAGAGAUUAAAGAAUCUAUUUUUGGCUAA